UCUCUCUGUAUCCGUGUUCGGCUGUAGACGGACCGGUGUGGAAAGAUCCCAAGAUCUUCUGGCUUUUCUCUUCUAUUUUGUGUCUAAUUUGCUUUUUAGGCUCAUCAGGAAAGGCUUUAUAUAUGUAUAGGACAGGGUUUGACAUUCAGUGGUGUUCCAAACAAUAGAAACAGUUUUAUGUGAGGUGUAGAGCAGUUCACAUCUGCACAACUAUUGGCGUGUGUGAAAUCAAUAGAAGAAAGAGUUUUCUGCUAUUCAGAUGAAAUUCAGCACAAUGGCUCUUUCAGUCCCACUCGUCCUGCUUGCCAUGUUGCUGGGUUUAUGCCAAGCCAAAGUCAACUUCCCGAAGGACAACAGGGUGGAUGUGGAGUUUCCUCCAAAGAUCACCUACAGGAAAGAUGGUGUCAUUUCAACUGGGCAUCUUAGACCAUUUGGAUACCAAAAGAAACCUACAAGUCGUGUCAGGGAAUACAGAGAGCCGCUUCCUCCUAAGAACUUCUGGGAGGAUCAUGUUCGUCAUCGGGAGCCUUGCGUCUAUAGGGGCGCUGUCACUGAUUCGCCAGCAAUGACAAACUGGACCGAUGAGUACUUGAAUAAAGAGUAUGGUGACCUUGAUGUCUUAGUAGAGUUAAAAAGGAGCAGCGGGGAUCUAGCAACAAAAGGAGUACCCAAGAGCCUGCUGUGUGGUACCUUCAAGCGGUUCAUCCAGGAGACCAACCUCUGGAUCAGCAGCGGAGGAACAGCGUCUGUCAUCCACUAUGACGCUGAUCACAACCUUCACUGUCUACUGGCCGGGAAGAAGAACUUCAUCAUGAUACACCCAAAGUAUGCCAAGUACUUGGAAAUGGCUGAAAAGCCUUAUUAUGUCGGAUCUGGUUAUUCCAAGCUUGACGUUGAUAUGAUCAAUAUGUUCCAGUAUCCUGACGUAGCGAAAGUACAGUGGACCUGGGCAACACUCAAUCCUGGUGAUUGUCUAUAUAUUCCCGCAGGUUAUCUCCACCAGGUUCGUUCUCAUGGCAGGAGUAUAUCAGCUACCAUUCUCUUCACAUCUCUGCCCACGUUUGAUGACUCUGACUGUAGCAGAGAUGUUAUAAAUACCUACACCGGUCUGGAUGAGGUCAGAGUUCUCUGGACAUAUAAAAAGGGAGACAAAGUUAUUGAGAUGGGGUACAUGAACCCAGAAGCUCUACGAGACAGUUUCCUCAGCCUUCUCGGAGAGUCCCAUCAACUCAACUUUGAGCAGUUCAAGUAUUACUUCAUUGAUAUCACCAAAGAAGAUGAAGAUGAGACUAACUCGAGGGAUAUAGAGUAUCCUAUGGCUGAAGAGGCUUUCAAGAUCUUUGACCAUGAAAACAAAGGUUACGUUACGAGAGAAGAAAUCGUUGAGAUGGACGUGGAGUACUUCAAAGACUUUGCCAGGAUCCUUGAUCUUCCAAGCGGUCCUACAGCAGACGAAAUGCACGAUGAGUUAUAACCUCUAGCUUUUUCCCUCUCUCUUCAUCUAUGUUAUGUUACCCCUUCAGUCACGCCGGUGAAACCUGCUCCAGGGACCUGUCUCACAAAUAGUUGCGAUUGAUCCGAUCAAACGCAACUAUGGAAGCCAUCAAUGCCAAUGCCUAUAGUGCAGGAAUGUUCAAAGUGUUUUCUAGGUACUUGUAUAUGAUGUAGACUCGUACAUUCAUUGGCUUCUUGACAAUUGGGUGUGCUAUUCUUGGUCUGCAAAGGACUUUGUCCAAACUUCCUGUAGUAAGGAUUGUGACAAUGAUGGAUUUCCAUAAUAUACUUGAGGUUCAUUGAAUCAAUUGCAACUCUUGGUAAGACAGGGCCCAGAUCGAUCAAAGCUAUUAUGUUACUACCGAUGACAGACCAGCGGUUGGUUGGGGUCAGUUUCAUUGAUGCGACUGAAACCUUAUUUAUGCUAGACUGUCAGGGUUUGAUUCUCACUAGGGGCGCUAGUGCCCUUUGGUAGGCAUUUAUCCCCAUUACCAGUCCCUCGGAGAGGAC